GUCUUGUUCUCGCUAUGGAGGCAGAAAAUGUUCGUGGCAAGCAAGUGGAUGACGCAGAAGCCCCGAGCGAGGCGACAGAGGCGGCGCGCGAAGACAACGUUGAUGCCCCCGAGAGCCUGAGUGGCAAGAGCAUGGAAAUGAGCAUAUUGUAUGACGCUCCGGACGAAGACGAGGCCUUUAAAAUCCAAGUUGGGCGUUGCGUGCCCGGGCGAGCUUUUUGCUGUUUGCUGGGACUUGUGUUAAUGCUCCUUUCUAUCGUGACUGGCUGGUUCAUCAACCAUUCCAAGUUGGAUCAUCUGAAACAAAAGCUGAACUCCCUGGAAGAAAAUAGUUUACUCAUAGAAAGCCUGAUAGAAAUGGUGCAACGCAUACCUGGUCGUGUGGAUUAUCUACUGGAACAGGAUCAGCAGCUAAGGGGACGUCUCAACGCUUUAGACGUAGCUAAAAUUGAUAUACGAGUGCUACAAAAUGCAAGUCUGCAAGUAGAUGCACUGCAGCUCUUUCAUGAACAAGUCAACGCCUCGGUGAAUUUGCUCAAGGAUGAUCUGGCCGCUGUGAAACGCGUUGUACAAAGGCGUCAGGAGCUUCUUUCAAUCAAACUGGAGGAGCAACUUGCCACGCUGUACGCCAAUUUUUGCGGCACGCCUGAAGAACGAGGGCAUCCCAUCAGAUGCUGCAUGGACGAUUGGGUGAAAAACGCUUCACAUUGCUACUGGUUGUCUGAAAACACAAGAACUUGGGCAGGCGCCAGAAAACAUUGUGCUGCAAAAAAUAGUCUUCUAGUUCAAAUUGAUGACUUUGAAGAGCAGACGUUUCUAACCCAUCUUAUCAACCAAAGCUACUGGGAGCCAAAAAACGAUCGUCUAAGCGAUGAGCAGAAAAGAGUAAAAAUCACACCGGUAUGGAUCGGCUUGUCGGACCAAGUGGUGGAAGGUAACUUCACUUGGGUCGACGGGAGUCCGCUCACGACUCCGGUAUUUUGGCGGCCUCGGGAGCCAAACAACAUGGCGCAAAGGUAUAGUGACAAUGUGGUCCUGGAUUCUGAUUGCGUGGUCAUGAGGUUUGACCCUGCUGCCAGUGACCUGUACCGCAGCUGGGAUGACCAAUUGUGCAGAGGAAAACGGUUGUACAUUUGUAGAGCUUGCAUAUUUUGCAAACCUCCCGAACAACCCGCUGUGGUUCAAACAAAACCCAAAAAGGGGAAAAAACCAGCUUGACCACUCGCUCACUUCGACAGGAGGCCAGACUUCAUCAAAGGGCCCAACGUGCAGCCAAAGUUGAUCC